AUGCCAUUCACAGUUGCCCAGUUCAUCCAAUUGCUAGUUAUAACCGUGUCAAUUGUCGUUGCAACGCUUGUCGCCGGUGUCAUACCUGUGAAAUUCACAAAUGUGACUGAUACCAAGUUGACAUAUCUCACACAGUUUAGUAUCGGCGUGCUUUUGGGGACUGCGUUUUUGAUCAUUUUGCCAGAAGGGGUAGAGGUGCUCAACGAGUCGGGCUAUGAUUGGGGCGCGGAAAGCAUCGGAUAUCCUAUGUUUUUGGGCUUCACGAUGAUGUAUGUGCUUGACAAGAUUUUCACUCUGCACGGUUUGAAUCUGCAAAAAUCGAGUCUGUCCGGCGUGCUGUCCAUUUUGCAAUCCAUUUUGCGUUCGUCGUUGACUCUUGGCUUGGUUGUGCACGGCUCUGUGGAUGGAGUCCUGUUGGGGGCAGCUUACUUGGACCAGAGUGGAAGGUUUCAUGCAACGAUUGUAGUCGCACUUGUCUUACACCGAAUUCCCACUGCGUUCAGCCUCGGGACUAUAUUGACAAAAGAGGCAGUCCCCGACAGACACCUUUACUGGCACUUGGUUUUCUUUGCGCUACUGACGCCAAUAUUCGCGUGGGUUACCGUCACUCUUGUGUUGAUGCUUGAGAUAAAUGUGCUCUACGUCACGGGAUUGCUAUUGUUGUUCUCAGCAGGAACUUUCCUAUACGUCGUCAAUCAUGUGAUGCAAGAGUUUAACGAUGAAUGCGGCCAGCUACCGCCCAGGUCAAACUCGAGCGAAGAGACCGUGACCACUACGUCCAACCAUCGCAUGAUACCUUUCCUAGGAUUGACAGUUCCAAUCCUACUAAGCCUUAUUAAAGAAUAA